UUGACUUCGUGUUGCAGCAAAGGCAGAACGAGGACAGAACGACGGAUCGACUGCGGAGCAUCCAGUCAGCGACUCAGGAUCCGAAGGAGACCCAGCAGCUGUCGGCCAGCCAGCAAGCUGGCGGCUUAAAUGCAGGCACCGUUUUCUGGUUGUCUCUCAUUUUGCUCCUCCUCCUCCUCCUCUUGUUCCUGUUCCUGUUCCUCCUCCCUCUCCUCCUCUUCCGUAUGCAUCUUGCCUCAGGUUGCCGUUGGCACAUUUUGAAUAUUUCUUACACUAGCUUAGAUCUUACGUUUGUAGUUCUGCUGUUUUUGAUAUGGCGAGUAUUAUUAUAAUCGCCAGCCUUGUUGGGAUCAGCUUUGUACCAGGUAUUGCCUUUGCAGGUGACUUCGAGUUGAUGCAGAUGUGGACGACCCCCAAGUCUUCAUCGGCGUCCUCGGCACCCGUGUCACGCAUGGCCGCUGAGACGAAAUCGUGGUUGUGCACGCUGAAGGGCGGUGCGACUCCUGAGGACGUGAGCAUGUUCUGCAAUGAGUUCCACAACCCGUUCUGCAUCGGCAAUGAAGAGUGCCCGCCAGGACAGAAAUGUCCGAAGCCGUUUGCGCAGGGCUUCUUGACAGAAGCAGAUAAGGACGCGGCCAUGGCCAAGUACCCCGCCGUCGCGGUCACAUGCGAAGAGGACCCGACCCAUACGUCAAAAAAGCCUGGGAGCACAUCGUUCCAGAAGGAGCCACUCGGCGGACCUACCCGUGGGGCAUCCAAGACAUUAAUGCGGACGUGGUCCGAGGGCGGGGCGCGGGAGUGAACGUGUAUGUGCUGGACACCGGCAUUCGUACAACCCACGUUGAGUUCGGCGGCCGGGCAUUCGCUGGGGUCGACAUAGCCUCCACAGGGAAUUUCACUAUCUGCUCGCCCACCGACACUGCGUGCGCUGCAGACGCCCAUGGGCACGGCACCCACGUCGCGGGUACGGUUGGGGCCUCGACAUACGGCGUGGCGAAUGGCGCGACAUUGUGGGCAAUGAAGGUCCUCGACGACGCCGGCCUUGGCUACACUUUUUGGUCCAUUGUUGCCGAACAGUAUGUUUUGACGUCUGGCUUAAGGCCAGCAGUGGUCAGCAUGAGUCUGGGGGGCCCUGGCCAAAGCUCACCUGAGCAGGACUCGAUCAACGAUUUAGUGGCCGAUGGCGUGACUGUGGUGGUUGCUGCAGGGAACCAAAACGAUGAUGCGUGUGGGUACAAUCCGGCUUGGAUCCCGUCGGCGAUCACGGUGGCAUCUUAUGAUUCGGCAGGGGCCAAGUCGUCUUUCAGCAAUUACGGCUCUUGCAUCGAUGUUUGGGCUCCAGGCUCGUCCAUCCUCUCGACUUAUAUCGGCAGCGACACUGCGUUGGGUCUUUCCUCGGGUACGUCCAUGGCUUGUCCGCACGUCUCUGGUCUCGCGGCCAUCAUGUACGAGGCGAACCCAACCGCGGGAUCCAUGACCGCAUCACAGAGGUGGGCUCUCCUGACAGCUUCGCAGCGCACUGGCUAUGUCACUGGAAUUCCCACGACUCCUGCCAGUGUCAACCUUGUGGCCUUGGCACCCACGCCCACGCCGUCACCGACGCCCAGUCCCACACCAUUGCCGACGCCAAUGCCGACACCCAUCCCUGCGCCGCCCGCGCCGCCCCCCCCCCCGCCCAGCCCGACUCCAGGACCGACGCCUGGCGGUGCUGCUGCCACUGGCGAUCCACACCUUCAAAAUGUUCAUGGUGAGCAGUUUGACUUGAUGUUGCCGGGGAAGCAUGUUUUGCUAAAUAUCCCCCGUGGAAUGAGCGCUGGAAACGCACUGCUUCGCGUGCAGGCCGAUGCUCGCCGGUUGGGUGGACAUUGCGCGGACAUGUACUUCCAAGAGUUGAACAUCACUGGGUCGUGGGCAGAAGCAAAAAGGACUGGAGGGUACCAGUACUCGGUGUCACAACGCGUUGCCGAGGCCCAGGAUUGGCUUGCUUUUGGUUCAUCGUUCCGGAAAGUCAAUGUGAAAGUCGUUCAAGGAAGUACUCGAAAAGGCCUCAAGUAUUUAAAUGUCUACGUCAAGAAUUUGGGGCGAGUGGGGCUUUCUGUCGGCGGACUACUCGGAGAAGACGACCACAAAGACGUGAGCAUUUCUUCUGCAGCAUGUUCCCGUAAGAUGACCCUUCUGGAGGUUGCAACAGGACCGCGCGACCACGGCCCUUCUGAGUCUUCAGUUGCAGCGGCAAGUUUUGGUUGACCACGUGUCUGAUCAAUAUUCACGAGGUAGGACCAAUUGUUUAUCAUCAGGUCCUGAGUCGAGCUGGAUGCCGGCGCUCAAGGGGGUCAGAUUUUACAGGGUAGCGUUUGAGAUGAGACCAUGUAUAUCUUGGUUGCCAGGCCAUGGGUGAGGAGAAGUGGAAGAGAAUGACGGUUGCUGCAAGGGGUUGAAGAUUUAAUUCGAGGAGAAGGAUGAAAGGCGGUGGUGAUGGCGGCAUUCAGGGAGAAUCAUGAUGCAA